AUGGCUCGACUAGUUCAUAAACCUUCUAUUCUUAGUGGAAGGACCUUAGACAUUAGUGAUCUCGAUGAAGUGAUGGCACUACUUGAGAGACAUCACUACAGCAAGACAUCAUAUCAUGAACUAGGUCUUCGUCUUAAAGUCUCACACAAUACACUGGAGAAUAUAACGAAGGACCAAAGGGAUGUUCUUCCUUGUUUUAGAGAGUGUUUAGCUAGCUGGUUGCGUAAAGCUGAUGGUGUGGAGGAUCCAACAAUAGAUACACUGAUAGCUGCUCUUAGAGGAAUAGGAGAGACUGCUGUAGCUGAUGGUAUUAAUGGAGAAAGACAAAAUAUUAUUGCUGUUUCGGCAAAAAGUGAAAUGUCAGAUAGACCAAUGUUAGAUACCAGUGAAGAGCAGACACCUUGUACUGAUAUUAACUGCACGUUGCACUUCCCAAACUUAGUGAAAGCAUAUGAUAAGUUUAAAAGAUUCUUCCUCACUGUUAUGAGGAGCAAACCAUGA